AUGACGUCGUCACGGCGACAGAACAAGUGGCACGGCGCACGGAUUGAUGCACGAAGCGGCAGCAGCUCCCCAGCACCACCACCAGCAACAAGAGCAGCUGCAUUGGCAGCGACGAACACCUGUGGGCUGGCUGGCAAGAAGUGGUCCAAGGGCAAGACCCGCGACAAGCUCAACAACGCGUGCCUCUUCAAGAAGGACGUGUACCAGAAGCUCCUCAAGGAGGUCCCCUCGUACAAGCUCAUCACCCCCUCCAUUGUGUCCGACCGCAUGAAGAUCAAGGCGUCCCUUGCCAACAAGGCGCUCAAGGAGCUCCUUGCCAAGGGUCAGAUCCGCGAGGUUGUCCAGCACAACGGCCAGCGCAUCUACACCCGCGUUGUUAGCGAGUAA